CCUGCGGAGAGGAAAACAGAGCGCGCAGAGAUGGGCAACGCCCGGCCGUUAAACCGCCACCCGCAGCCGUUAAACCGCCGCCGCGGGAUGGCGUCCCCGGCCCCCAGGUGGAGCCGGGCCCUACGCCGCGCUCCCCUCCCCUCCCCUCAACCGACGGCGCAUGCGCCCGCCCCGCCCCGCCCCUCGGCGCCCCGCCCGCCGGCUGCACCUUGCGGCGGGGCGCGGCCGCGUCACGGCGCCCGCAGGGACGCGUGGAGCGCUCGCCGGCGGCCAGAGGACUAUGGGAGUAUGCUGCUUGCCGAAGCUCUGCUGGAAGAAUGCUUGCAGGAAAACUUUGCCAAACUGAAGGACUCCAUUCCACUGACAGAGAAGAAUGAGCCCAAACUGAGUGAAGCUAAGCAGUAUCUGACCAAUGUCUUAAGCAGAGGAAAGCUGCGGCCUAAGUAUAUGAUAGAAGCUAUGCUGAUCCUAGGGAAGCUUCAUUACGUAGAGGGAUCCUACAGAGAUGCCAUCAGCAUGUAUGCAAAAGCAGGAAUCGAUGACCUCUCAACAAAAGAUGAACCCCUGUACAUGCUGCGUUUGGUGACUGAAGCCUUCGUUAUUAAAGGUCUGUCACUGGAGCGCUCAACCAACUCAAUCGCCUCACGUGCUCGCCUGUGUGAGAGGGAGGAGGAGGUCAUGGCUUGCUUCGAGACUGCGUGUGUCGUUGCCCAAGUGUACUUGCAGGAGCUUGAAAAGACCUUAAACAGCACACAUUCAAGGAGUAUAAAGGGCAGCAACAUGACGUACUCUGAGUUUGAACUGUCCUACUUCCUGGAAGCAGCUCUACAGAGUGCCUACGUGACUCAUUUAAAGAAGGGCAAUAUUGUGAAAGGAAUGAGGAGUCUGCGAGAAAUACUACGGACUGUGGAAACGAAAGCUACUCAGACCUUCAAAAUGACUGCAGCCAAGCAGCUAGCCCAAGUACUUCUCCACUCCUUAAGCGAAGACUGUUACUGGAGCCCUUUAUCUGAUCCUCUUCCUGAGUUCAUGAACAAGGAAGAUCAGUCUUACGUUAGCAAUCUUCUUUGUCGGAAGCCCGAGCUAUACACAGAAGAGAAUGUUUACUGCCCUCGAGACAACGUAGAAGAAGCUCUUCUUCUCCUCUUAAUCAGUGAAUCCAUGGCAAACCGGGACGCAGUGAUCAGCCGUGCCCCUGACCAGCAGGAUGACCGGGCUGUCAGCCUCCGGGAUGCUUCUGCAGUCUACGACCUUCUCAGCAUCACACUGGGCAGAAGAGGGCAGUAUGUCAUGCUUUCUGAGUGCUUGGAGAGAGCCAUGAAGUUUGCAUUUGAUGAAUUUCACCUUUGGUACCAGCUUGCCCUGUCCAUGGUGGCUUGUGGAAAGUCAGCAUAUGCUGUAUCAGUGCUCAAAGAGUGUGCUAAACUGCGACCAGCAGAUCCCACCGUUCCUCUUCUGGCUGCCAAGGUCUGCAUUGGGUCACUGCACUGGCUGGAAGAAGGAGAAUGCUUUGCUAAAAUGGUGAUAGACCUGGGUGAAGAUGCUGGAGAGUCCCUAGCAAAGGGUUACCUGGCACUGGGUCUUUCAUACAGUCUUCAAGCUACUGAUGCUACUCUGAAGAGCACUCAGGAUGAAUUAAACAAGAAAGCACUUCAGACUUUGGAGAGAGCACGUGAGUUGGGCCCAGAAGAUCACCAAAUCAUCCUCUACUUGUCACUGCAGCUGGCUCUUGUCAGACAGAUUUCUGAUGCUAUAGAACAUCUUCAAGAAGCAUUGCAGCUGUGCAAAGAUGACAUGAAUUCUCUGCAUCUACUGGCCCUCCUAUUUUCAGCUCAGAAGCACUAUCAGCAUGCGCUGGAUGUUAUCAACAUGGCUGUUGUUGAAUACCCAGAAAGCUUUAGCUUACUCUUCACCAAAGUAAAACUGGAAUGGAUACAUAAAGGACCUGAGGAGGCUCUGGUGACAUGCAGGCAUAUGUUGCAGAUGUGGCAGAUGGUAUAUACGGUUUUACAGCACAGUGGCUCUGAGAAAGGAAGUAGUGUGACCGAAACACCAGUGAUCAAAAAGCAUAACGGAUUGCAUCUCACGCUCCCGGAUGCUCAUGAUACUGAUUCUGGAUCACAGCGAGCCUCUUCCCUUGCUGCAUCAAGACUGGAACAGGCCAUGUCUGAAAUAACUAUGCAGAGCAGCACGAUGAAGCAAGGACCUAUGCAGCUGUGGACAACUCUUGAACAAAUCUGGCUUCAAGCUGCUGAACUCUUCAUGGAGCAACACCAUCUCAAAGAAGCAGGCUUUUGUAUCCAGGAGGCAGCUAGUCUUUUCCCCACAUCUCAUGCUGUACUGUACAUGCGUGGGAGGCUUGCAGAGAUGAAAGGCAAUUUGGAGGAGGCUAAGCAAUUGUAUGAUGAGGCACUCACAGUGAAUCCAGCUGGAGUCGAAAUUAUGCACAGCCUGGGCCUGGUGCUGAACAGACUUGGGCGGAGGGAGCUGGCCCAGAAGGUCCUCAGAGACGCCAUCCGGAUCCAGAACACCAGCCACCAGGCCUGGAACAGCCUCGGGGAGGUCCUGCAAGCUCAGGGGAAAAACGAAGCAGCCAUCGAAUGCUUCCUCACUGCUCUGGACCUCGAAUCCAGCAGUCCUGUCAUCCCGUUCACUGUCAUACCCAGGGAGCUCUGAGGCUUCUUCAUUCAAUGGACAGACACCAACAGACAGACAAAAAGACAUACAGUGAAGAAACUGGAUUUAACACAAAAGUGCCAUUGUAACCUGGAAUUGGGCAAAAUAAUUCCAGGAUGGGGCUCAGGUCUACGUGCUUAGCUGAGACGAGUCUAACUGUAGAGGAAUUUGCAACAGGCAGAGAAAGAGAAUGCCUUUUUUCUUCACAGAUGCCCAGUUAACCCCCUGUUCAAGUUAAUAGAAAGACUUAUUUCAAAGUGUUGGUUCAAGAUGACUGUAGAAUAGAUUGUGCUGGAGUACAGCUGUUCAAAGCACUUGCACCUUUCAGUUUUUAUUAAGGAUGAAAACCCCAAAUCCAAAGAUAAAACCCCCAAACCCUGAGUUAAAACCCAGUCCAGCUCUAAACAAGAGUAAAUGCACCAACUAAUGUACCAAGUUGUAUUUAAGCACCUAGCUGCCUCCACACAAAUCUGACAGGAUAGGAAUGACAAUUAAACCAUAUAGAUGUGCAGUAUAUUGCAUUUACAAAAUUAUUUCAGCUAUUCUGAUAAUCCUUUUUCUUGCCUUGCUCUUAUAUACUGCAUAUACGCACUAUAUUUAGUGUGGCAUUUGCCUAGACCAGUUUAAAUUAAAAAUACUUUUUAUUUUUAAGCUGCUAUUGUAGUGUGAUUCACAAAAGCAGAAAGACCAAAGACCCAAUCAGUUCACACUUGGCCUAGCAUUAAAAGCAUGUAUGUAUCUCCAAUUACAUAUUAUUGAAAGGCCUUUCUUGAAGUAGCUAAUUAUAAACUCUGAGCUUCAUUCUUGUUAAUCACCCAUUCCGUCACUUUUAGGAAUGAAACGAUUACCAGCAUAUAGUGACUGAACUCUGUGCUUGACUGCGGUGCUGUUCCUGGCACCAAACCUGUUCAUAUCUGUCUUUUCGUGGUCUAAAAGACAGCAGCAUUCUGCUAAGGGAAAGCGCGCUGAAGGCAGCAUGCGUGUAUAAGAAUUGCUUUUCUUUUAAAACCAAAUCCUGGGAUUUUCUGCAGACAUCUAACGUCAGAGGUAGGGGCCGCGCCUGCAGCGGAGUGGGCUCGUGUUGUGCAUCGCAUCAGAUGUAAGCGUGAUCCCCGGAGCUGUCUGAAGAGCUCCUAAUCCACUGCCCUCCCGCUGGCUGGCUGGGGUGGAGAGGCAGCUGCCGGACCCCACGCUAAGCCGAUCCUCUCCCAGCUCUGCGUGACCUGCCCGCGGCCUCUGCAGCCAGCUGGAGCUCUAACGGGCUGCCAGCCCCGGCCGCGGUGCUCCCAAGGCGAAGGGGAUGCAAAAAUGAGCCACGGGCGCUUUCCUACACAUAAGGUUGGGGCCACGUGCCCGUUCCUGACCAAAGAAGGCUUGUGCCUGCUCUGUAAGCAGGUUUGCACUGAAACACACAGUGUACAAUGGCUGUGCCCAGUAUUGCAGUCUGCAGCUAGCUCCUUCCAGAAAUCCUAACAUCCUCAGGCAGUAAAUGAGUCGGGGUUAUUCCUGCAAGACCCGGAGGCUCUGGAGCAGACUUGAAGUCAGCAUUGCUUACAGUCAUUUGGAAACCUGCAGGCUGGCGGAGACCUCCUGGGCCGUGCCUGUGCUUUUGCUCCUGCCCCGGCCUCCUCUGGAGGCACCCAUGCCCAGGCAGCAGGCUACACCAAGCUCUCCAAGCAGCCUGUUGCAUGCCCAAGCCGAUUUUUGGGGUGAUGGCAGUGUUAAACCAGACUGGUGCAAGAGCCCAGCGUAUUCCUCAGCUCACCCAGGUGUUGGGAGGGAAAGCAGCGCAGCCACAGAAAGCGCUCAGCCCAUCGGGUCUCCAGCUUCUCAGUGGCAUCAGCCGAGGCUCCUCAAGCCAGAGGCAGGUUUCCACAAAGACAGUGUUACCCAGCCACAUCACUUUUUUGCGAUAGCACCAGCAGCAGAGGAAGGAGUAGUACCAGAAUUAAAUGGCUUUCAUGGAGACAGAAAGUUGCAGCAGAGACCCGUUUUGCUGUGUGGGGUGCUCUGAGGUCGGCUCUGUGCUGCAGGUGGGAAAUGAGGACGGGGAGGAGGGAAAUUAGUGUUGACAUGGUUUGUAAAUUGUUAGCCAGGUGUUUUAAACCCAGUUCCACUGUUAGAAGCAGUCUGACAAUAGACUUCAGUAGCUACAUAGAGAUUGGGAUUGCCUUCCAAUACUUGUUCUGGUCCACGGGCCAGUUCCCAGGAUGGGAGCGAGCCUUCUGUCUAAGACGCAAAAGAGUCCCUGUGGUCUGACAUCUCCGCUUUCCUCUGCAACAUCUGUCUGCAGGGCACUGCCAUGGUAACCCCUGUGUACCAGACAGCUAUUCGAGUACAAGCCGUGCCUCAGUCCCUGCGACCGUUCUCACAAUCUCUAAGAGGUCAGUAACAGCAGAGAAGCAACCGCUCGCAGACCUUGUUACUUCUGUGUGCAUAGCUUGUAAGCAGCCACCAACGCAUCGCCUUUGUUACCACCGAGGGAGGGAGCUUCAUCUCGGUGACACUGGAACCUCCACAGCACUCAUCUUCCCAGGAGAGGUGCAGAGGUGCGCGGGUGCUUUGUGUGCAUCAGCCAGCCGGAUGCUGGCCCUGCAGCUGCUUUGUGCAUCUGGGGUGGCACUGGCACUGGAAUCGCAGCCCUGAGGUGCUCUGCUGCCGGAAGACACAGCUCCCAUCAGCAUCAAGAGGAGUUACACAGGUGAGGCAUCUCCACCCGUGCAACACACCACAGCCCCGACAUCAGCUGCAGACACAGCUCUGCCUCAGCGACGGAUUUGGACUCGGCCCCAAGAUUUGCUGGGAAGUUCCCAGAGGGUACAAAGCACGUUCGCUGGAACAGUACAUUUCUGUAAGGUUGCUGGUACAUUUCUGUGUUUUCUUGCUAAUACUUCGAGGUUUAGAGACUGACAUUAUACUGACCUAAAAUGCUCUGCACAGGGCAGGAAGGAGGGUGGUGGUUACAGACUUGCAAGUAUUUUGGUGGGUAGAUCCUCUAUCUGUGCUUGUUCUUAAGCAUGGAUUUUACUCAUACUUUCAGGUACAGAUAAACAAAAACAAAGACUACAAACAUGCCUAUGCAUUCUAGUAUUUAUUUAGAUACCAACAUUGAUAAAUCUAAUAGACCCACUUCUGUGAGCUGAUUAAGUAAUACUCCUUUGCAUAGCAGGAAGCCUGGCAUGCUUAAUGCUUAGGGUUUUAGACUAAGCACAUGAGAUUUAUAUCCCAUGCCUCAUAUGAAUAUUACAGAUGAUUAAAAGUAAUGGAAGUUUGGGGAAUAAUAAGGGAAGUACUGAUUCUGGAGUCUUAGUGCUGACUUGAGUCCAACAGUUUUCUCAUUAAUUUAGAAAGAAGAGGGGAAAAAAUAGUAUCAUUGUCUGAAGGAUCCAGGUACAGCCCGGUUCCCUUCAUUCCACCACAAGGUUAUUUUCCUUUGAGUCAGCAGGGAAAAGAUAAAAAACGGCAAAAGGAAACUAACUAGCUCUUAUUUUUCUGUUGCACUUUGAAGAAGCAAUAUUUGCCAUUGCCUUUAACCAGCAAGGUUUGUACAUGGUAACAAAAGUCAGUCUGCCUGCAGGUGAAUAGAAGGAGAAGCCCAGCAGGCCAAGGAGUGACCCCACGCCCUGCCUUAGCCCGUAUAAACUGGCAUCACCUCUGCUGAUGUUGGUACUUAUGAGCGUGCUGGUAUUUAUGAGCAUUUCCUCCAGCUGAGGCUGUGCCCACCGGUGUCCUCGAUCCGUACAGAGAACACACGGGGAGUUCUGCACAGAGCAGAGCUGCCAUAUUCCUGCGCUGCACCAGUACCCCAGUCCGUUUCUAUUGGUAACAGUUCAUGCUACUGAUUAUCACAAUGUUUCAGAAGUGCUAAUUAUCUUUUCUUAGUAAUGACUAAUAAAUCCAAAUGGAGAACAGUCCUGGAGGGUGUUUACUUUAAAAUUCACUGGCUGAGAACCAAGGUAGGCACAGCACUGGCUGCUGCAGUGUGAAUCGCAGUUAUCCCCCAAAGUCCCAUUUUUUACCAGUCUCAGUGAAGCCGGAGUUUGGCUCCUUUAUAUUUCACUUUAAUGACAACAGAGUGGGAAACAAUCAUCAGUGAAAACAGAUCACUGCCAUGAUCUUUUUUCAGCCAAACCAACCGAGAUUUGAUAGUUGCAAUUCAGCCCAGGAAAGUAAGGCUCCCCACAGCAGUCUCGGUGCAGCGAUAAUUGCCUGUGACUGCAUUGUGUUACAGGCACGUUCGGCAGUUAUUCAAGGAGUAUGUGUAGCUGGGACUUCUCUCUCCUCCCUCACAGGUCCUGUAUUUGGCAGAGGAGAGCCGCUCCGUGCCCAGAGGGACAGCUGCAGUGCCGGCCGGGUGCCCUCGGCGCUGCUCCCACCCUUCCCGGCUGUUCCCCCAGCCUGGCCGCAGGCAAUGGUCUCCCCGCUGUUGUAGGUCAGUUCAGUGGGAUAUUAGAGCGUGGUCGGCUAAAUAGUUAUUUUCUCAGGAACAGGAAGCAGCAGCAUCCAUCAGCUGGGUGGUGUUAGCAGGAGGGUUGGGAACCGCUGACCCAGCAGCCCGAGAUGGUUCCUCUCCUUCAGCUCAUGCCUCCAGCUCCAGCAAACUAAGGCAAGUUCCCAAGUGACUGGAUCUUAAAAGACCCAGCUCAUUCUCCCCCAAGAAACACAUGCCAGUCUGUAGCUAACACUGCCGAAAGGGACCAUGACACCACACCGCUGCAGAGCAGAGCAUGCUGGUGCAAGGAGGAGCCUCUCCGCCCCGGUGCACGGAGAGGCACUUUCAACUUUGGCACUUAGGCGCAUUUCAUACUCGGCAGUGCCGCCCAAACACUGUUAAUGUGGUUGUUGCAGUCAUUUUUCCAUGUAACUUAACAUUUCUUCUCGUUGGAAGAUGUUUUCAGCAGAUGAAUAAAAUUGAC